AUGCGCGAAUGUUGCCUGCAUGUUACUUAUCGAUUCGACGAUAUCCUUGACCCUGAGGUACUGCGCCGGUCGCUGGAACGUCUCUUGCAGUUUGAUGGCUGGCGGACACUAGGAGCGCGACUUCGAAAGAGAGAUGACGGAAAAUUAGAAUACCACAUACCAGCGCAGUAUGAUGCAAAACGGCCUGGUUUCAACUACACUGUCGUCAAAUACCCCAUGGGCAUCAACGAACAUCCUUUAGCUGCCAGUUUCCCUCAAGCAACAGGGCAGCCAUCACUUCUCGGCAACCCAGCAGAUCUGUUAUCUCUAUGUCUGUGUCCUGAUUGCCCCCAGCAUAUAGAGGACUGGCUCUAUUCGGAUAGACCGCAACUCGUCAUUGACGUCGUGUCUUUCGGCGACGCGACACUGUUGACUGUAACUUUCUUGCACACGCUCAUGGACGCUAUGGGCCUUGCGAGUUUCAUCAAGGCGUGGACUGCUGUCAUGAAUGGACAAGAGGAUCAGGUCCCAACCUUUCAGGAGAUUGAUGAGGAUCCUGCGGCGCGGUUCACCGACAGAACCCCGGCCGACGCCUACGUUAACAGCACCUUUCUGCUAACGGGCCUACGUCUGUUGGUCUUCGUCUUCUGCUACAUCUUCGAGCUCAUCUGGCACCGUGGUCAUAAUGAACGCAUAAUCUGCAUCCCAGGACAAUAUGUCGACGAGAUGCGGGACCAGGCAUUGAACGAGCUAGCCGAGCAAAACAAGGAGCAGCCUGCCCCCUUCCUUAGCGAAGGUGACGUGCUCUUAGCAUGGUGGCUCAAAGCGUUACUCAGGGCACUGAAUCCCUCCCCCGGUCGCAUGAUAUCAAUCUUGAACGUGUUCGACAUCCGCUCGACCGCCCUACAGGAAUCACCCUCAACAAACACAGCCUUCAUAACUAACGCUGCCCUCGUGUCCAUCACUUUUCUACGCACCCACCAGAUCCUCCACGAACCGGUCAGCUUCGUGGCCUCCCAUAUCCGCCGCUCGCUUGUCCAACAACGAACACUACCACAGAUCGAAGCCUGCUUUGCUCUUCAUAAGGCCACCUCAGAGAAAAAUAGUCAUCCGCCAGUAUUCGGCGAACCGACCUCCCUUCUCGUCUGCUGUACCAACUGGCACAGAGGUAGGUUCUUUGAAGUGGACUUCUCGUCAGCUGUUAUUACCCCAGGCAUUCCACUCAACGACCGUGUGCAUCCGCUUGGCAGACCAUCGUGUGUGAUUCCUACCCAGCAUUUGGGUGGUCUUGCUUUGCGGAAUGUUGGGCCUAUCAUUGGCAAGGACGCAGCUGGGAACUGGUGGCUAUCGUGCACAUUGCGGACGAGUGCAUGGUCUGGUAUCGAGCAGGAAUUGAAUUCGCUAGGCGGUAAAAAGAGCCAGUGA